AUGACUCCAAUACCUACCCGCGCCUCGACGCCUUCCGACGCCGCUGACAGAUCGCAACCCCUCCGCGGCUCGCCGCCGGUGCUGCAGUUUGGCGAAUGGGGAGCCGACCGGUAUUUGGGGAAGCGGAGCGGCGCCAAUCGCGGGCGUAGAGGCAGUGGCGGAGCCGAUGGCGGGGGGGAUGGCGGAGACGACUACAGCGAUUACGGCGAUCGCGGAGGUCGGCAAGGAAGAGGCGGGGAAGGGGGGGUCGGUGUGCUUCAGCGGCCCGCUCGGUGGGGAGGGGAGGCGGAUCCGCGGGUGGACUUCAGGAGCGUCGUGGGGCGUCCGCGGCCUAGGAGCGGGGGCUCGCAGGUGACGGUGGUGGGCGACUGGGACCCCGCGUGGCCGGCGCUGAGGGCGCUGGAGUUUGGGCGGCAGAGCAUCCGAUCGCCCUUUGAGUCCAACGUCAUCUAUAACUUCGAGCUCAUGGAAUGCAUCUUUGAUUACGCGUUUGAUCGAUUGGGGGUGGAAGGCGGUGGCAGGGUAAACCACCCUGUGUUAUUGACCGAGGCUCCCUGCGCGCCCCUGUACACGCGUGGCAAGACAGCAGAGCUCAUGUUUGAAACCUACGGCGUGCCUGCCCUGGCAUUCGGAGUGGACGGGGUGUUCAGUUAUCGCCACAACACCGCACAGCACCACUCCGUACCAUCAUCCAUACCAGAUGGUCUGCUGGUCGACUGCGGCCACUCCACUACCCAUGUCAUGCCCAUGAUCGCGGGGCAGCCUCUGCUGGACGCCACGUGUCGCAUUCCCGUUGGCGGAUGGCACGUCACUGACUACCUGAAGCGCCUCCUCACUCUGCUGUAUCCUCAACACGCCUCUGUCAUAACAUGGGAGAGAGCAGAAGAGAUGAAGUGCCGGAGUGUGUAUGUGGCCAUCGACUACUCACAAGAGCUCAAGGCUUUCCAGGCCCCAGACGCGCCAGUAGUUUCCUGGCAGCUUCCGUGGGUGGCGCCCGUGGCCCCCCAGGGCCCAUCAGAGGAGGAGGUGGCGAGGCGGGCUGCCAACAAGGAGCGUGCGGGGCAGCGCCUGCGAGACAUGGCGGCUGCCAAGCGGGCGGCGAAGCGGGCGGCGGAGCUGGAGGAGGUGGAGGGGGAGGUGGAGGGGUUGAGAGCGGUGAUCGAAGAUGUGGAGGACGGGGCAGAAGGGAGAGAGGCAAUCAUGCUGCUCUCGCGUGUACGCUGUGCCACGCUCUCAGAAGCCAGAGGCAAGCUUGCCAAGAGCAUGGCGACUCUCAGGAAACUGAGGGGGGAGGAGGGCGAGGGGGAAGGGGAGGAGGGGGAGGGGAAAGGGGAGGAGGGCGAGACGGGAUCAGUGGCUGGUGGGGCGGAGGAGCAGGAUGAGUCGGUUCUGUACCCGCUGCUUGAUAUCCCAGAUACAGAACUGACAGCCGAGGAGCUGCGGGAGAAGCGGCGGCAGCGGACAAUGCGAGGGAUUGCGCUUGGACAGGCGAGGAUGCGACAUGCGGCAGAGGAGAAGCGAGCCAAGGCGGCUGCUGAGAGGGACGAAGAGGAGCGGAAGAGAAGGGAGAACCCAGAGGCGUAUGCAGCAGAGCUGAGGGCGCGGUUUCAGCAGCUGCAGGCAGCACUGGAGCAGAGGAAGCGGAGGGAUGGCGUAUGCAGCAGAGCUGAGGGCGCGGUUUCAGCAGCUGCAGGCAGCACUGGAGCAGAGGAAGCGGAGGGAUGGGAGAACCCAGAGGCGUAUGCAGCAGAGCUGAGGGCGCGGUUUCAGCAGCUGCAGGCAGCACUGGAGCAGAGGAAGCGGACGGAUGAGGCAUAUGCAGCAGAGCUAAAGGCGCGGUUUCAGCAGCUGCACUUCAGUGGAAGAGGGGGUUUACUCGUUUGCUCACUUGGUGUGCCCGUGCCAUGGUCAUGCCUCUUGCUUGCUGCUUGUUGUGUGCAUUGCAGGGAGAACCCAGAGGCAUAUGCAGCAGAGCUAAAGGCGCGGUUCCAACAGCUGCAGGCGGCCUUGGAGCAGAGGAAGCGGAGGAAGUUGGUAGCAGGGGGCGUGGUUCUUGGUGCUGCGGCGUCGUCAUCAGUGGGAGGGGAAGAGUCUGGUGGGAAGGGCAUGGGAUCGGAAGGAGGUGCCAGUGGGGGAGAAGCGGUAGGAGGAGGUGGGGCAGUGGGGGCAGCAACAGGGGCAGCAGGAGGAGCAGCAGGAGCAGCAGGAGCAGCAGGAGCAGCAGGAGCAACGGCAGCAGGCGCAGGAGUAGGAUUAGCAGGAGGAGGGUUUUCAGGAGGAGGAUUAGCUGUCUCGCCUGUGCUCUCUCUUGCGGCAGCAGCAGCAGCAGCAGCGUCAGGCCAGGCUGUGAAAGGCGCGACUCUAGACAUCACCUCACUGGGGGGCCCUGCUGGUGCCCUUGCAGGGGGCACGGGCGUGGGGCUGGGAGGCGCCCUUGCUGGGAGUGUGGCUGGUGGGCGAACAGAGCGGAUUACUGCUGCGCACAGGGAGAGGAUGAAGCUUCUGACUGCUGCUGCUUUUGAGAGUAAGAAAGGGCGGCGAGGGGCAGGAGGGAAGGGAGGAGGAGGAGGGGGAGGGGAGGCGGAGGAGGGGGAAGUGGACCCAGCCUUUCUAGUUUCCAUAAACGCAGCCCCUGCCUCAACCGCAGCUCCGGGCACAGCCACCGGCCUUCCUGGACCUGCCUCCUCGGUUCGGCAGCCCACUGACGCAGACUACCAGAUCCGGCUUGGCGUGGAGCGCGUCCGGACAGCUGAAAUUCUUUUCGAGCCGUCUCUGAUUGGGCUGGACCGGGCAGGCUUAGGCGAAUCUUUGGGGGCAGCAGUGAGGAGAACAGCGGAGGAGCUAAGGAACAAAUUAGUCCCAUUGUAUUCUAGAACCAAGUCAGCUAGUGGUUCGGGCAUGGAAAAGGUUUUGCCGAGCUUUCUCUUCCUGACUGGAGGAAGUUCGCUGCUGCCCGGAAUGAGGGGCAGGUUGGAGGCAGAGUAUCGGCAGGUGCUGCCAAUGGGGAGCGGGAUAAAGAUUGUGGAAGCCCGGGAUGUGUUCUGGGAUGCGUGGAGGGGAGCGGCAGCCAUGGCUGGGGAUGGGAGGAGAUUGCUAUGGCAGGCUGUGAGUCGGAAGGAGUAUGAGGAGCGUGGGCCAGAUGCGUUUCGACGGUAUAAGUUUGAGUACUUUUGA